CCAGGACGUGCGGUCGCUCGCACGCUCCCGCCCGCGCUAACCAUUCCCUUCCAACAGUGGACGAGUGCAAAAAAAGAUCGAUGCAACUCGGCAAGGUUUAACUCACCAUUAUAACCAUGAGGAAGGUGCGUGCGUGUCUUCUCUUGCUACUGGGACUGUCAACAGUUCGGGCGCAGUUUGUGAGGCAAGCAUGUGGUGCAGACGAUUUCCGCUGCGACAACGGCAAAUGCAUAGAAGCAGCGCGGCGAUGCGACCACAUCAUCGACUGUCCUAAUGAAGAGGACGAACGAAAUUGUGAAUGUCGAGACGGCGAGUUCCAAUGCCGCAGCGACGGAUCUUGUAUCGAGGGCAGGAAGCGCUGUGAUGGCGUCAACCACUGCAGGGACAGUUCCGACGAACUCAACUGUGCCAAUGGAAAGUUUAGAUGCAGAACUGGCAAGUUAAUACCUGAAUAUCUAAGAUGCAACCGCCGUUACGAUUGCCCACAUGGGGACUAUUCCGACGAACAAAAUUGUCCAUGUGGUGACGGCGACUUCCAAUGCGAUAACGGCAACUGCAUACCUGCAUCAAAGCAUUGUGACCGAACGCAUGAUUGUCAGGAUGGUUCAGACGAACGAGAUUGUAUUUACGGCACAGUAUGCAUGGCUUUUCAAUAUAAAUGCACGAGCGGACAAUGCGUACCGGCUGAAUCGGUCUGCAAUGGGACCAAGGAGUGCAGCGACUGGUCUGAUGAAAAAGACUGCCCUUGUAAACGAGGUCAAUUCCCGUGUAGGGACGGUUCAUGCAUUAAUAUAGCACUAAGAUGCAACGGCCACAUCGACUGCCACCCGAACGGCGAGGACGAGUUCAACUGCGUUCCAACGUCGCCGUGCCCUGAUGAUAGCUUCACUUGCCCCUCUGGGUCCAGCCGGCCUUGUGCUAGACGUUGCGAUGGAGAGAUCGAAUGCGACGGGGGCGAGGACGAGGAAGAUUGCGCAACUUGCGGUCACGAGUGCGAUGGAAUUUGCCUGGACGAUCAGAAGAUCUGCAACGGCUACUCUGACUGCUCCGACGGCAGUGAUGAGCUGAACUGUGACCACUGUGACGGGCCUGACGAUUUCAGAUGUAACAGCGGGGAAUGCAUUAACGCUGUGCAGCACUGCAAUGGCAUAUUCGAAUGUCCCGAUGAAAGUGAUGAGCUGUACUGCAACUCAACUAUGCUAUCGAAGCCAGGUGACUGUUCUGCAGACGAAUUCCAGUGCCGAGAUGGUACUUGCAUCAAUAGUUCUUUCUAUUGCGACGGCGGAAACGACUGCAUCGAUAACUCCGAUGAAGAGAACUGUCAAUGUGACGAGAACCAAUGGCAGUGUGUCUCCGGGAUGUGUAUUCCGGCGACGUCAUACUGUGAUGACCUUCCUGAUUGUCCUGACAAUUCUGACGAAUUAAAUUGUCCGACAACCCGGCCCUGGAUCACUACUUCCACUUCACGACCAAGCAAGGAUCAAAACAGCCAAACAACGCCACGAUCGGACAGUCCUUAUGGACAAGGUCAGUACCCCGGUGGUCAGACUGAAAACCCAUAUGGUGUUCAAACUGAAAAUCCAUAUAGCAACCGACCUGGGAGCCAACCAGGUGGUCAACCUACCGAUCCUUACGGUGGUCGCCCUGAAGAUCCCUACAGUGGUCGCCCUGAGGAUCCCUACAGUGGUCGUCCUUACGAUCCUUACGGUGGUCAACCUGGCGGUCAAGGUAGUCAGCCAGGUGGACAAGGCGGUCAAUAUGGAAGCCAACCAGGAAAUCAAGAUAGUUCGUACGGCGGUCAACCAGAAGGCCAGGGUGGUCAAUACGGCGGGCAACCAGGACAGGGUGGUCAAUACGGCGGGCAACCAGGACAAGGUGGUCAAUACGGCGGGCAACCAGGACAAGGUGGUCAAUACGGCGGGCAACCAGGACAAGGUGGUCAAUACGGCGGGCAACCAGGACAAGGUGGUCAAUAUGGCGGCCAGCCAGGAGGACAGGGCGGUCAAUAUGAUGGCCAACCAGGAGGACAGGGCUACCCAUAUGGCCCUUCAUCAGGUGGACAAGACCAAAAUGGAAAUAUUGAUGGAUGCCCAAGGAACCAAUGGCGUUGCGAGAAUGGUCCUUGCAUAGACUCGAACCGCCGAUGCGAUGGGCGGAUCGACUGCCCCUUCGACGAUAGUGACGAACUCGACUGUCCCGCCGGCAGCCCAGCUGCUCUGAAGCUCAAGACGUAUCCCAGCCAACAAACUGUCAGAAAUACCAAUUUUGGAGGUGACGUAGUUUUCCAAUGCCGUGACGAGGGACCACUGAGGGCCCCCGUGAGGUGGGUCAGGGAAGGAGGACGCCCUCUGAAGCCAGGCUCGACGGACAGACACGGACGACUCGAAAUGAACCAAGUUACGGCGUCCGACAGCGGCGUGUACAUCUGCCAAGCACCGAAAUAUCUAGGGAACCCUAAUGCCGAGUUGAGGGUCAUGCUUAACGUCGACCCUACACCUGUAACAGUGCGGCCGCCCCAGAUGACUUGUCUGGCUUACGAGGCAACUUGUGGCAAUGGACAGUGCAUCCCCAAGUCAGCCGUGUGCAAUGGCGUCGUUGACUGCGCUGACCGAUCUGACGAAGAGACUUGCCACAUGAAUGGCAAAUGCGAGCCCAACCAGUUCAAAUGUGCAAACAACAAAUGCGUACUCCUGACUUGGCUGUGUGACUCCGAAAACGACUGUGGCGAUAACUCUGAUGAAAUGGACUGCGGCUUCGAAACGAUUGGCAACUGCAAGACCGUGGAGUUCUCCUGCUCUGAUGGCAGUCAGUGCAUUCCUAAGAGCUUCCACUGUGACGGCCAGAGCGACUGCUUGGAUGGAUCCGAUGAAAUUGGUUGUGCUCCUGUCUACGUGACAAGACCGCCGCAGCCUUCCAACGUGUUAUUGAACACCGGAGACACCCUCGUCCUGAACUGCUCAGCCACUGGCACUCCCUCACCUCUGAUCUCAUGGCGACGCAACUGGGGCGACGUGCCCGAAGUAUGCAAGUCUGACAAUGCCCAGAUAAACGGACAAGUUGUUGGCACUCUCACCUGCCCUAACAUGCAGUCUGAUUACAACGGAGCUUACUCGUGUGAGGCGAUGAACAACAAAGGAACAAUCUUUGCCGUGCCUGACGCCAUUGUCUUUGUCAACAAGACGAGCGUUUGUCCUAAAGGAUACUUCAACAGCGAGGCGCGAUCCGAGCGGGACUGCAUCCGUUGCUUCUGCUUCGGCGAAUCGACCCAGUGCCGCAGCGCGGAUCUGUUCACUUACAACAUGCCCACGCUCCUCGGCGAAGGAGGCACCCGACUGGUCGGCGUCAAGAACACCAUCAACGGAGACAUAGUGAUUGAUUCGCAGGCUAUCACCAACCAGUACUACUACCAGCCACUCAGGAAUGGGGCUACGGUGACGAAACUUGCUCGCUACAACAACUGGGGAAGCUCCAGCGCUCUCCCGUACCUGACGCUUCCGGAGACAUACAACGGCAACCAGCUCACCUCGUACGGAGGUUACAUUCGCUACAGACUGGCGCCACAUCUCAGAAGCUUCGGAGCUGAUUUCGGCCUGCCUGAUAUUAUUAUCAAGGGUAAAUACCAGAACUUGGUGCACAUCAGCCGCGACAACCAGAACAAGAUCGAAGCCCGUCUGACUCCAGACAACUGGGAGAAAUCUAGCUCGAGGGGUCUUGUGCCGGCGACUAGAGAGGACAUUAUGAUGGCUUUGGACAACAUCGAGAUGAUCUUGCUGCGAGCGAGCGUGAACAACGCCGGCGUGAACAUAUCGGACUUCGUCAUGGAGUCGGCGAAGCACAUCAACGUGGGCCUGGGCGUGGCCAGCCUGGUCGAAGAGUGCUCCUGCCCGCCUGGCUACGAGGGACUGUCGUGCCAGAAAUGCGCCCCUGGCUUCGCCCGCAAGCAGUCCGGCCCAUGGCUAGGCAACUGCGAGGCAGAAGUGCCCGAGUGUCCUCCAGGAACCUACGGCGACCCAUCCAGCGGAUACGCCUGCCGCCCUUGCCCGUGCCCGCUUACCAACCGGGAGAACCAGUUUGCCAGGACCUGUGCCCUUGGACCGGACGGAGAAGUGAUCUGUGACUGUGCCCCUGGCUAUGUAGGCCGCCACUGCGAGUCCUGCGCACCCAACUACGUAGGCAACCCACUGAACGUGGGCGACUCGUGCCGGCCGCAGCCCGACAGGCCACGCUGCAGCGAAGUCGGCACGAGCCGCGAGCGACUGCCCGACGAGUGCGAGUGCAAGGACAACGUGCAGGGACGCUACUGCGACCAGUGCAAGAACGACUCCUUCUACCUGUCUAACGACUUCAGACAAGGAUGCGCGCUUUGCUUCUGCUCCGGGGUAUCCCAGCAGUGCCAGAGCAGUAAUCUCCGACGUAAGACCACGGCCGUUCGCUUCAACACCCCUGACAUCGUCAACCGAGUCAGAAUCUACUCCAGCAGCCCCACGGGCGGAUCCUCGGCCAGAUACAACACGCCAGUGGAGACCAAUUUGACUGCAACCUACGCCAGGGAGGAAUUGGUGCUCAGCGAGUAUGACAGGAACCGCCCUGCUAUCUACUACUGGAGCUUGCCUAUCAACUUCGCCGGUGACAAGGUGACGUCAUACGGAGGAUUCCUGCGUUACACGCUGCACAAUGUUCCAUCGCCUGGCAGCGCCUCCAAAAACAACGCCGCUGACAUCCAGCUUAUCAGCGAGAACCACCUGACAUUCCACUACUUCGGUAACUUCGAGCCAUCUUACGACGGAACCCUUGAGGCUAGCGUUCAGUUCUUGGAACGCGGUUGGCAACGACCUGACGGCAAGGAAGUGUCGCGUGAGUUCUUCCUUCUGGCCUUAGCUGAUGUCAAGGCAAUCCUCGUGAAGGCGAGUUACACCACCAACUCGCAGCUGGCGUCGCUUGUGGGAGCUAGCAUCGACACGGCUGAAGAGAACGGCGAUGGAGCACCGGCCUACCACGUGGAACAGUGCGUGUGCCCUACUGGAUACAUCGGCACCUCUUGUGAAGACUGCGCUCCUGGUUACACUAGGUCUGAAAGCGGAUUAUACCUGGAACACUGCGGCCUAUGCCAGUGCAAUGGCCAUUCCAACAUGUGCAACCCUGAGACUGGAGUCUGCUUCGAUUGUCAACACAACACGGCUGGCGAGAACUGCGAGGAUUGCAAGCCUGGGUACAGGCGCGACGGAGCCAACUGUGUGGCCGACCGCCGACCCAGUUGCGAUUGCGAUGAACGCGGCUCUACCGGCUCAUGCGACUCCAGCGGCUACUGCGAGUGCAAGCAAAACGUCGAAGGGCCUGCUUGCGACACCUGCCGCCCUGGCACCUUCGGCUUGGACGCCAACGACCCACUUGGAUGCCAGCCUUGCUACUGUUCUGGCGUCACUAGCAGUUGUCAUGAGGCUUCGUCCCAAUACAUUCGCAUACCGAUGGCGGCGCCGGUGUUAGGCGACGACUAUGGCGGCUACCGCCUCAUGGACGUGACCGCGAGCCGUGUUCUUACAGACGCCAUCGUAUCCGUACCCAUCGAGAGUGAACUCAUGUAUGUGUUCUCUUACCCGCCGGACACAGAACUGUACUGGUCCUUGCCAGUAUUCCCAGGUAACCGCGUCUUGUCCUACGGCGGCGUAUUGCAGCUGAAACAGAAGUUCGAGAGUAGGGAUCCUAACUCAGUAUCUGAGCCGGGCACCGACGUCAUCUUCGUGGGAGACGACAAGUCUCUGUACUGGAGCAACCCGCAACCCAUCAGGGCUGGACAAUCUUUGACUUACAAAGUUCCUUUGUCGGAGAAGGGCUGGUACCUCCAGAACUAUGGUUUGCCUGCGAGCCGGGCCGACUUCCUCUCAGUACUUCGCAAUUUGAGGCGUGUACUUGUGAGGGCUACCCUUACCAUGAACAUCGAGUCCUCAUCCAUAGCUGACGUGCAAAUGGACACCGCCACAGAAAUGAACGACCCUGGCUUCCCACGUGCUACUGGUGUUGAGAUCUGCCGUUGCCCAGAAGGCUACAGCGGUACCAGUUGCGAAAGCUGCACACCUGGUUUCUACCGCGACGCGAGCCAUAUGUGCCAGCGCUGCGAGUGCAAUGGCCACGACUGCUACAUGGCCGGCAACGGGCAGGUGCUCUGCAACUGCCGGGCGCCUUACACUGGACGCGACUGCUCUAUACAAGGCGAACCAAGCAUUCAAGAUAACACAACACGUCCACCGCCGCCACGGACCACAGUCGUAGUUCAAAUUACCUCCCCGACGAUCAAGAUCCAGGAAGUAGGCAGUAGCGUGAACUUCACGUGCCAAGCGCAAAGCAGGAUGACUAGUGGAAAUCUGCCAGUGAGGUGGUCCAAGGCUGACGGAUACUUACCUCAGGGCAGAACUCAGAUCGACGGCCGGAGCGGAAUGUUACUCAUCACAAACCUUCAGGUCUCGGAUAGUGGCAAAUACAUCUGUCAGACAAGCGACGGCUUGUCUACAGCCCAGGCCGAGGCCGUUCUGAAAGUGCCUGGCAACGAGAUGUCGGUCCCUACAGCGGAGAUCCGUCCGGCGAUCAACGACUACUUCGAAGGCGACCGCAUCGAGCUGGAGUGCGUGACGCGAGGCAACCCUUCUCCCAGUAUCACGUGGCAGAGAGCCUCUGGCCGGCCUCUACCGGAGUACGCGCAAGUCGUGAGCGAUGUGUUCAUCAUUGACCGCGCGCGGGAGGAAGACGCUGGAGAAUACAGAUGCACAGUGAAGAACACAGCUGGUGAGGACUACGGCAAAGCGGUGGUGAACGUUCGCCCGCGCCCGUCCCAACCGAUCCGCGAGAAACUGACCGUGUCCCAAUCCUCGCCGACCAUCUCUGAGGGACAGAACACAAGGAUCGUGUGCACAGGCACCGCUAAUGUCCCCGCCGGCUCCAUCGACUGGGUCCGACAAGACGGUGCACAAUUCCAAGCGAACGUGCGUUCCAUCAACGGAGUUCUAUACGUGGACUACGCCAACCCUGAUAACCAAGGAGUAUACAUCUGCCGCACGACGUCUUACGACGUGGCCCCAGUACUGGUGGUCCUGACGGUGCUCUCUCAAGGCACUCCUCCGCCAGAACAACAGCCGAACAUAACCGUCUCAGUGAACAACUUAAAGAUACCAACCGGUGGAAGUGGAGCCGUAGAGUGCACGCCUAAAGGAUACCCACAGCCCCAAAUUCGGUGGAGGAAAUCCAACGGCGAGUUCGGAGACAGCACGAGCCAACGCCAGAACUCGUUGAUUAUCGCCAACGCUCGCGAGGACGACAAAGGCUACUACCAGUGCGAGGGCAUCUUGGACGGACAACCCAUCUCCAUCAUCUACGUAUACAUCGACAUCGAAAAGCGCGAGCGACCAGCAGUGGAGAUCUGGCCUCAAGGCGAGCAGGCGCUCAACUUGGGAAGCUCUUUCGAGCUGCGCUGCCGCGUCACGGCCGGCGUGCCUGAGCCCACCGUCACUUGGAGCCGAAGCGGCGGCAGACAACUUUCGCCGUACACGCAGCUGCAGCCCUACAACAUCUUGAAAUUCGAGAAGAUCGAAGUGAAUGACGAAGGCGAAUACUAUUGCUCGGCUUCGAACGUCGCUGGCACUGCCACAGCCAGCUCCACCAUCAAGGUCCGCUCGCCUCCUGAGGUGAUCGUGACUCCCAGCGACUUCAUCCAAGUGCAGUAUGGAGAGCCCGUCACGGUUGAAUGCCGUGCUAGAGGAUACCCCCUACCCAUGGUCUCUAUCAAGAGCGCAAACCGGGAGAUCGUAGCACCCUAUCCUGGCAUGGUCACCCUGAACAUUUCGUCGGCCAGUGAACGCGAUGACGGAUACUACAUUUGUUCCGCGACUUCGCCCGCGGGCACCAUCGAAGAGCAGUUCGGCAUCAGAGUCGAGAUGCGAGGUGACAUUGGCUUCGAACCCGUAGAAGGCAGUGGGGACAUAUUCGUCGAGCCCAAUCUCCCCUACCCGCCUGAGCAGCCCAGCGACUUGAUUGCCGCCGAGGGACAAGAAACACGCAUUGUUUGCGAUUCGUCGACCGCCUUGGAUGUGCAGUGGACCAGAGCUGACAGAAGACCACUGCAGCCCAACGCGCGACAAAAUGGAAACAUCCUGAUCAUACAACGGACUUCCAAACAAGACGCCGGACAAUACAUAUGUAACGUCAUGGACCGGUACAACGGCGAGGUGACCAAGUCGGCCACCACCAGCCUGGUCGUCAUGGCGCCGCCCAGGAUCACCCUGCAGCCGCCCACGCAAACCGUCCACCCGGGCGAAUCGCCCACCGUAGAAUGCGUAGUAGAGGGUGAACAGAUCGAAGAAAUCGUAUGGCGACCCCUCACCAGACCCUUCUCUAGCCGCGUGGACGCUCGCUCAUCGACGCUGAUCUUCAACCGCAUCGAAGUGGAAGAUGCCGGCAAAUACUUGUGCUUUGCCAAGAACAGAGUAGCUAACACGUCGGCCACCGCCGAGGUCGUCGUCAGCGAGGAUACCGAUCGCGCGCCGUCAGAGUCGCACGAUAACGAACAGCACGCGCACGUGGGAGCCGCCGUCCAGCUCAGCUGCAACGUGCAGCAGUCCCCCGCCGGCUUCCGGAUCUCGUGGACCAAAGACGGGCGCCCCCUCCCGCGCUCCGUCCACAAACAACCGGACGGGUCCCUCUACAUACGUCUCGCCCAGAAAUCCGACAGUGGCCACUACGUCUGCAACAUUCAGGACCGAUACGGACGCCGAACUAGCAAUUACAUCAACCUGCACAUUGACGGUGAUGAGGAUUGUAAGGAUACACAGUUUCGUUGUUAUGACAACACGGGUUGUGUAGACGUAGAUCUGCUGUGCGACGGAGUCAGUGAUUGUCCGGAUAAUAGCGACGAAGGGAACUGCAUUCUUCGGGAGAAGCGGAUUCGAAACCGGAACGCGGAAUACCGAAAUGCGGGUGGUGAGGUCAGAACCCUAAACCUGGUUUCCAUCGAGCAACCUCGCAGACAGUACAGAGUGGGUGAGAACGUGGAGGUGCUAUGCCGCGCCGGGUCGCGCGAAGUCCGCGUCUACUGGGAGAGAUACGGCACCAGGCAGUUUGUCGAGUCAAGGACGUUCGGAGACGGCGCCAUGUUACUGGUGCCCAGCGUGCAGGAGUCGGACGCCGGCCUGUACCGCUGCACAGGCACCGAUCCCUACGGCCGCUCUAGCUAUGAGGACUUCAACCUGGAAGUGAUUCCAGGAGCCGUCGUGUGGCCCGAGUAUCCUCCGAACGAAGUAGUGCAGUACACAGUCCGCCUGGGCGACAGCAUCGACAUGCCUUGCAGCCACAACCUGGAACAGCCCGUGUCUGUGGAGUGGCGGCGCGAGUACUCGCCGCUGCAGCCCGAGGUUCGAGCCAACGAGCCAACUCUCCACCUGGAACGAAUUAUGGAGGCUGAUGCUGGUACAUAUGUGUGCCGUGUGAGCAACAGCAGGACAGCAGUGGAAUCAAGGGCCGUGCUGAGGGUCGCUGGAGUGGUUCCAAGGUUCGACGGCAACAGCUGGAUCUCCCUGCCCACCUUGAAGGAAGCCUACAGGCAUUUCGACAUCGAAAUCUCGUUCAAGCCAAUCGACGGGACCGGACUGAUUCUGUUCAACAGCGAGAAACAAGGGCCUAACGGGGACUACAUCGCGUUGCAACUCAUCCGUGGAGUGCCUCAGUUCAUAGUCGACGUCGGCUCCGGGCCCAUAGUCGUCGAUGGAGACCGUCCACUGCAACUUAACACUUGGCACACAAUUCGCAUCAGCAAGACCAACUCUAAAAUAACAAUGGACGUGGACAACAACGGACCGACCAGCGUGAAAUCGACUGGCUGGGAGAUCCUGGAGCUGCUAGAGCCGCUAUACAUUGGCGGAGUCCGUGACUACGGCGCGCUGCCCGCUCAGCUCGCAGAAGCCUCAGGAUUCGUGGGAUGUGUGAGCAUGCUGAUAUUGGGUCGUGAGGAGAAGAACAUUAUGAUGGAACGUCUUGAGCAAUCGAACGUGCUGGAAUGUGACUCCUGCUCGCCUAACCUUUGCUACAAGAACGGAGUCUGUCAGGAAGCGCGUAACGAGCGCGGUUACAUCUGCCUGUGCGCAGCCGGGUUCGCGGGCCUGAACUGCGACCGCACGGGCGAGGCCUGCAGGCCCGGCCUGUGCGGGCCCGGCAAGUGCACCGACACCGCCGAUGGCUACAAGUGCGCUUGUCCAGUCACAUACACCGGCAAGAAUUGCGACGUGAAACAAUCGAUCGAAUACCCAGCGUUCACUGGAAGCGCCUACCUCGCUAUCAAGGCCCCGAAGGCUACACGAUUCUUCCGCAUGUCCAUGAAGGUCAAAGCUUCGGCUCCGGUGUCAGAUGGAAUCAUCAUGUACUGCGCUGAGUCGCCCAGAGGAUACGGAGGGUUCACCGCCCUCACUGUGCACAACGGACGCCUGGAGUUUACUUACGACAUUGGAGACGGAAGCCGGCCCGUGGUGCUGCAAAGCAACAGAAGCCUGCCAGCCAACGAAUGGACCGACGUGCAAAUCGCGCGCGUCGGGCCCACCGUCACGCUCACUGUCGACCUGCAGUACAGCUUCCAAGACAAACUGGACUCACCUAAGAAUGACAUGAACUUGGAGACAGCUAUGUUCGUCGGAGGCGUGGAUGACUCCAUCGUGCUGAACAAGAAUGCCGGAGUUUCGGGCGGAUUCAGCGGAUGCAUUAAGGACGUCAUGGUAUACGGAGACGCUGUAGACAUCGUGGGAUCUUCCAUCCAGUCGGCGAACGUGCAAGAGUGUGGCAAAUACGACCGCGGCGACAUACCCGAGGCCGAAACCAUCUGCUCGCAAUGCCGCAACGGCGGGGAAUGUACGGAAGACGGCACGGGCUGCGUCUGCCCUUACGGCUGGACGGGCCAGCUGUGCGAGACGCGGGUCCCGCCGCCGGCCCGGCGCCCGCCCGGCGACCCGUGCGCGCUGGGCCCGUGCCGCAACGGAGGCAGCUGCAAGAGGAACUACUCCAACAGGAUGAACUACACCUGCGACUGCCCGCUCGGCUUCGCCGGCAACAACUGCCAGAUGCCCCUCGAGCUCCGCGAGAAAGUUGGCUUCAACGGGAACGGAUACAUAGAACUGCCAGCAAGCGAGUUACGCUACGAUGCCUUGUACUUGGAGCCUGCGGUGAUCGCCAUGGCGUUCCACGCUAACAGCGACGGUGUUCUGCUCUACCAACAUGAGGUGCAAGCCCCAUACACCAACGGAGACUUCAUCUUGAUUCGAAUUGAGAACGGCGUGGUGGUGAUGGAGUGGAACCUCGGCGGUGGACUCUCCACUGCUUCCAUUGAGAACGCCUACGUCGUCGAUGGUGACAGACAUUCGCUGAUCGCGAAACUCUAUGAAGACGCCUCCGUCCAGCUGACUGUUGAUGGCACAACAAGGAACUCCACCAGUACUGGCUUCACGAAACUUAUGAACGCUGACUCCAACAUUUAUGUCGGUGGCAUCCCCGACAGACUGAACGUAAACCAUUACCCGGGGCUGACCGGGUGCGUCGAGCAAAUCGAACUUAUGAACUCCGAACGCGGCAUCAACUUGGGCCGCACCGCCGUCGCCGGGCGAAACACUCAACGGUGCAGAAACUGAGGGUGUGAUGACGUGGACUUCAUGUAACUUCUCGUUUUAAGGUCAAUAUUGUGAAUGUUAUACAUUAUCUAUGUUAUUUAGUCUUUCAAAGUUCCAAAAAACUAUGCGUCAAUUGUAAAACAAAAAAAUAUUCAUUGUAUCAAAAUCUCUAGUGAACUAUGUGUUUUCAAUUCAUGUUACAAAAUCUAUUCGGAUUGUUUUAAUUUGUGAAGAUUUUAUUGAAAAUUUACGUAGUAACUUUUAGUACUAAGGACAUUUCAACAUUCGACAAUACGAAAUAAAUUUAGUAAUUAAAGUUUACUGUUAAAUAAUUCAUGUUAAUGUUAAUAAGAUUAAUGUGACCUAGGGGUGAGGCCCAGCGGACGCUGUGGCGACAGACGGUGCCAUAAGAUUGAAUAAUUGUAUGUAGCUAGGCAACUAUUUACUAAUUAUAUAACAAUUUUACAAUUCCCUUAUAGUAAGCUUGAUAGCAGUUUUAUGCUCUAUCGGUUUAUUUUUAUUGACUUUUUAUUUUUAUUUAUCGCAAGUUCCUCUUUUUGUACAUUGUUGGCUAUGGAAAUUGAAUAAUUUGCACAACUCGUAUGAUAAAGUUAUUGACAUGUGCCAAAAGUUAUGACUGGGUUAACAUAUUAUUAUAUUUUUUACCACUGCCAUUUUUGUUUGCUUUUUAUUAAUAGAUUCUCUUCGCUACGUGAAGCAACGAAUUCACUACUUUUAAGUAAUUAAGAUUAUUAUUUUUUUCGAAUUCACAAUUAAAAUGUUUGUGAAUUGUUUCUUACAACUUUGGUGGCAUUUAACUUAUUUUUGUAGCGCCAGUGAUCGGCAAUCCAGUUCUUUGUAGUUAAUAAUAAAUAAUCGAAAUGUAUGUGCAUUAAAUGUGUUUAUAUUUAGCUAAGCUAAGGUCACCAUGUGACAUUUAAGAUUUCAAAGUAGAUACUGUUAAAGUUGUAAUGUCAUGUUUUAAUUCUAAAGUAUGUAUAUCGUCACUACUUUCAACGAACCUGCCUGUAACUAUGAUAAUAGACUAUCCAUGUAUUGCUGCUAAGUGAACAAAUAAAUCUAACAAUAAACGAUGAAAUCUU